AUGACUGGACGAGCUUAUGAGCGCCCGGAGCGCCACAAUGAAUAUUUCAUUCCGGGGGAUGGGAUCAGCCGUGAAGUUAUCCAGGCCGACAUCUGCAGAUACCUGGGAAAUGAUGCUCUCGUAAAACCUGGAACACAUCAAGGCCGCUCAGGCUACUUGAUUCGUGCUUAUCGGAAUCUCACUUCAGAAAUGAUUACCGACCUCAAAGCCGACUCCGCUCGAUGGGAACAAGAGGUCGAACGCAGAGCUAACAUGGGCUAUUCAAGAGGUACUUAUGUUCAAGAUGUACGUAGGUCCCGAAGCCCCAAUGAGCUUUCAGGGAGCUAUGUGUCGCCAACCCACGAGCUCCGUUCACAGGGCGGCCCAUCGCCACCAACCUAUCCUGCAGCACCAGCGCCAUUCAUUGAUCCCUAUGCACAACAACAACCUCAGUAUGGAGCACCUUCAGGUCAGCCAUAUGCCACGCCUUCGUAUUCCACCUCGCAGUCCCCUGGAUAUGGCCAAAACCCGUAUGCAUCUCCACCACAACAAAAUCCUUAUUCAGGCCCAGGCCAAGGCCAGACGCCUAUAUCAGCACCGGAUGUUCAUCAACCUUCAUACACUUACAGUAGUAAUCCUGGUUACGGCUAUGAACGGGGGAAUGCCGCUCCCCGAUACCCAGGGGCCGGCUACGACAAUGAGCCUGAAUACUCUCCUGUCACUUCUAGUAUGGGUUAUCCUGCUGCCACUGCACCUUCGGAUGCCCGUUUAGGAAUGGACCCGAGAUACACCCCAGAGGCUGCUUAUCCUGAACACAGAGCAGGGGCCAGCCGGCCACAACAGAACAGAGAUCCUCAUCGGAGGCCGCGUUAA